AUGUCCAAAGUUUUGGAAAGAAGAAAUUCAUUUGGUACCACCACUCCUACGAGUUCAGCUUCAGCUUCAGAUUCGAAAAAGAAUGAGAAGACGGUAUCACGCUAUCUAAGACCUUCUACAGGCUCAUGUCAUGAUUUAUGCAAGCAUGGACACAGGAAUCCUUCUGAAGAAAAGCUUCUGCUUUCAGGGGGGAGAAGAAAGAAACUUCCAACUCAUUCAAAUAAUUUGACACUGCAUGGGUCAGUUAUCUUAGAUGCACCCAAGGAUGUCAGGAACAGAAGAAAUAUUUCACUAGUCAAGUCGAGUAUAUCACUGGGUGAAGCUGAUCGUGUUGUUAACAAGAUAAAAUCAGAAAAUUUAAGAGGCGCUGCAUCAUCAGAACACUUGGUUCCACGCAUCGCUUCAUCAGCAGAUCAUAAAAACGUGAACUCUGAUGGCAGAAAGAAACAUCCAAUGGUUACCCAGAGGACUUUGGCUAAUCCAAGGUAUUCCAGUGGAGUACCCAAUUUUGAUAAAAAAGCAGCAAUGCCAGUCAAGGGUUCAAAGUUGCCAGAGAAGACACUGCAGGAAAAAGCUAGAACUGUGGAGAAGGCCACUACUCUCAAGCAACCGUUAGUUAAGAAACCAGCUUCACUUCCUACUAAACUGAACUUGAUUAAGAAAGUUCCUGUGUCAUCUCAGGCUUCUAAUAAUCUUGUAUCUUCAAGAGAUAAAAGUACUCUGAAAGGAAAGGUUCCUUCUUCACCAGCAAUUAUUACUGGCAAGCGUACAAGCAAUACUGGUAAAACUAUGAGGUCCAGCAAUGCAAGUAUCAAUUGCAAGGAACGCUCAGAUGUGCCCAGAACACCAUUCUCCAUUGAAGAUGAGUUUAUUGCAUCUGUUGAAUUACAAGAAGGUGAUGUGGAGUCAACAGUAGUGGAGCUGUUUCCAGAUGCCACAGAAUAUGGAGACAUAUCUGAAACAGCACCAAAAGAAGAAAGCAGAAUCGGUUCAGAGGAUGGCUUGGAUAUGUCUGAAAUAUCGUCUUCUGUCCAGUCUGAGUUGACUGCUUCUGUUGAAACAGAUGAAGAUGAUGUGCAAGGUUCAUCUAUUACAGGCCAUCUUGUGGAGUCAGCGCUAGCAGAAAUGUCUUCACAUGCCACAGAAUAUGUAGAAGAAUCUCAACCAGCACCAAAAGAAACAAGUAGAUUCAGUUUAGAGGAUGGUGUGGUGGAAAGUAAUGAAGUGAGUGAACCAUUGGUCUCUGAACUCCCCGUUGCUGCUGAAUUGCAGCUAUCAUUUGAUAAUCAAGAACUCAAGACUAUGCUCAGUAAACCGGAUCUAGAGCAUAUGCAACCAGAGAAAAAUUCCACUAAUGGUCGAGCUUCAACGGAUGAAGACAUCCGAACAGAUGAUGCAGCUCUCUGCCAGCUACCCAAACAAUUAACAGCUGUGCAAAAUGCAGAUGUAUAUGAUUCUGCAUUAACUGAAAGUAGCUCGGGAAUGGAAGCUGAUCGAGUGAAAGUCAGUGCUAGUGUGGAGUCUGUAAUCACUGAAAAUAAGGAGGACAUGGGUGCUCAUGAAGACCUUCAAGGACCUCCAGAACUGUGGGCAGUUGAUGAAAAACAUGCUGAGGAUCCUGAGUAUUGCCUCGAUUGCACUACAGGAAAUGUAGCUGAAAAUGUCGAGGCUGCUGAAAUUGACGAUGUUGGGAAUAUUAAUAGUACAUCUCAUUGCCAAUCAAUUUUAGAAACUUCAUCCGAUGGUGAACUUCUGGAGCAAUCAGAGCCUGUGCCAAUUGAUUCUAAUCUACAAACCGAUGAGUUAGCAAGUGUCCAUAACAAUGACACCUCUGAACAGGAUGAACUGAAAUCAAUGAUUGUUGCUCAACAGUUAGUGGAAGAACUAUCAGAUGAUGAGAAUUAUGAAGAAUAUGAUUAUGAGUUAAUUGAAUUAGAUGACUUUGAUGCAGAAGAUGAAGGAGAAGCAAUCAACCCAAAUGAUGAAUCUUCAAAGGCUAAAGGCCAAAGGCUGCAAAGGAUCUCAUCACUUCACCCAGAUGAUGCUAGUACCACACCUUACAAAUUGAAGUUUAAAAGGGGUAAAAUUGUAGAACUCACACCAGACAGUAAUGGCCCGAGAAGACUCGUAUUUAGAAGAAGAGCUGCCAAUGAAGUUGCAAAUGGUGAAGGUCAGCUAGUGAGAAGGAUUUAUAAGAGGAAUACCAGAAAUAAUGGUGUUCCUACUGAGCCUGACUUGGAAUCUCCUUCAGUGAAACUGAGGCAUCAAGAUACACAAGACAAGAAGGAUGCGCAGGGACUGUUCAACAAUGUAAUAGAAGAAACUGCAAGCAAGCUUGUGGAGUCUAGGAAAAGCAAGGUAAAAGCUUUGGUUGGUGCUUUUGAAACGGUGAUACUUCUCCAGGAUAGCAAUCCCACUACACCACAGGCAGGUAACUCACCAAAAAUGAAGAUGAAAAGCCACGGGAUGAGCCAUUGUAGAUUAUGCACAUCUUACGGAAUCACCAAAUUUUCUCAUUAA